ACUUGAAAAUGCCAUUGACGAAUAGAAGAUUGCUGGUUUUUUGCUUACUUUUGAGCCUUUGCAGUGUGAAUCUUUUGCCUGUUUUCGAUUGCCCAUCUGAUUGGAUUGAAUAUGAUUUCCACUGUUACAAGUUUGUGUUUCAUCCAAAGCGCUCAUAUAUUGGAGCUCGAGAACUCUGCAAGGAAAAUGGAGCAGAAGUUCUGAGUGUGGACAGUGUUGCAGAACACACAUUUGUUCGUGGUUGGUUACUCGACUUUGACAUGGAGAGAAACAGUUGGUACACCAGUGGAGCUGUUUCCCUUGAGGAAGAUAAUUUCCUAAACUUUGAAAAUUUUGACACACAGUUGAGUGGAAAUAUACAGUGGUCAACAUACUCUGAUGACAACCACCAGGGAUUGCAUAUCAUCUACGAAUAUUCUGAAGGACAAUACAGCUGGGCUAAGGGAGAUGGCAGUAAAAUGAUGAGCUACAUUUGUGAAAUUCCAAAGAAUGAAGUCUACAGAGUAAUACAGAAUACAAGAGACUUCACAUAUGGAACAGACUUUCCAGAUGAGGAAUCUGCACCCAGAGGUCCAACAUUCUAUUUACUCCCCUCAGACACUGAAAUUCUAGGAUCCACCUCAGAAGUUUACCUAGAAUGUGCUGCUACUGGGCUCCCACAGCCCACAUAUCAGUGGACUGUUACGAGGGAUAAUGGGCAGGCUCAGUCCCUGGAGGGUCCACGGUACACAGUGACUAAUGGCAGAGUCAGCAUUGACAACCCACAGGUGACCAUGGAUGGAGGAGAGUACCAAUGUAUGGCUCAGAAUAAGUUUGGAAUUAUUCUCACCCCACCUGUGGUGCUGGCCUUUGCAGAUUUAGGAGAAUUUUCCAAUGUUGAUACAGCCCCUGUACGCCCUGCAGAAUACCAGGGAACAUCCAUACAGUGUCCAAAGAUAUCCUCUACUUCCAGUCUAGCUAUAAGUUACAACUGGAUUAAGGACCAGACGAAGCCAGUAAACUCUCAGUUAACGCCCUAUGUGUUUAUCUCGGGAGAUGGACAGCUUUAUUUCUCCGAGGUGACCCGAGGGGAUAACGGAGUAUACUACUGCAUGGCUACCCUGACAAAUCCCACCAACAGAGACAACUACAUGGGGUCUUUCCAGUCUCCCAGUCGCAUCAGUACAGGGAUUCCAUUAGAAGUUUUAGGUUCUCCUUCAGGAAUAUUGAGUGUUCAGAUCCCUGACAGUUUUGUGCAGGUAUUUCCAAGGCAACCAGUAGUAGGCAGUGAUGUAAAGUUGGAGUGUUUCGCAUAUGGAAGUGGUCCUUUAUUGUAUCAGUGGAAUGUUCCAUCUGUGAGAGACCAGAGCACCAGAUUUAAGUACAUGGACAAUAAUCGAGUGCUGACCAUUGCUGGGGUCACUCUCCAGGACACAGGGGUCUACACAUGCAUCUGUAGCAGCAGGCGGUCAGGCAGCAGGGACCAAAAGGAUUUCCACCUUAACAUAGAGUCAAAGCCUAUGUUUUCCGUAGAACUGAGUGACCAGCAUGCUGACAAGGGGUCGGAGCUCACAUGGAGAUGUCAGGCUUAUGGAAUUCCGCAGCCCACUUACACCUGGUACAGGAAUGGUCAGCUAUUGCCCAGUACUGGAGAAAUGACCAUCACAGGGAAUGUUCUGGUAAUCCAUAUUCUCAAAGAGGACCAGGAAGGGAUGUAUCAGUGUAUGGCAAAAAACACCCAUGGAGUGUCCACUAGUGGUGGUCAGCUGAGGGUUCUGUCUAUUCCUCCAACAUUCAAAAAACACCCCUUACAAUCCACCACACUUGGAUCAUUGGGAGGAUCCUUGACUAUUCUGUGUCAUCCCGAGGCUGCCCCCCACCCUAACAUCACCUGGCUGUAUAAUGGAGAGAUCAUUCCUCAUCCACUGAAAGGGACCCCAUCUCAUCUUCAGCCACUGACCAGUGGUCAUUUAAGGAUUGUCAAUCUGAGUUACACAGAUGAGGGAGGGUACACUUGUAAAGCUGUUAAUAUUCAUGGCUCUGCACAGAGCUUUACUCAGUUGACAGUGUUAGACAGGACAUUGAUUGUGGAGCGGCCUUUAGACAGCACUGUAGUGGUCAAUAGAACUGCCGUACUUCUCUGUCGGGCCUCAUACAGCUCUAGUCUUGACCUCGUGUACACCUGGUCUUUCAAUGACCAGAAAAUUGACUUCCACCAGGAUACACACUUUAAAAUGAGAAGUCCAUACACAGGAGAUCUGUAUGUUGUGGCAGCUCAAUUAAGUCAUGCUGGUGUGUACAAAUGUAUGGCCACUACGCAGCUGGACUCUGCUAGCUCAUCAGCUGCUCUUCAUGUUCUGGGACCCCCUGGGGAGCCUGUGGGUGUCCAUGUUAUCAAGGGACAGGACUCAGUAGACCCAUAUGGAUUACAGUUGGCUUGGCAAGAUGGGGCCACCAAUGGGAGACCUAUACAGGCUUAUGUAAUCUCGGCCAAAUCCAAUCAUUCAGACAGUAAAUGGAGCGUCAUUAUGAAUGCACCUAUCAGUUCUGUGAUGGUAAAAGACACAUUAAGGUUGGUCAGCAUAAAACACUUAAAUCCUGGAUCCUCCUACCAGUUCCGAGUCCUGGCCAUCAAUCAGUUUGGAGAGGGAUCACCUAGUACAACAUCAGAUGAGUAUCCUAUUCCGGGUGCUGCACCAUUUAAGGCUCCAAGAAAUAUCAGAAGGUGGAAAGGGAAAGUUGGCACUUUACAUAUAAUAUGGGAGCCCCUCCCACCUGAGGAUCGGAAUGGUUGGGGUAUUGGUUAUAUUGUAGAAUGGAGACUCCCCAGGCAGGAUAUCCGUACAGAGAACGCUUGGGAAAAGAAAAUUCUACCAGAUAACAGGAGUGAGUUUGUGACAACCAUUGCUGGGACAGACCAGUAUUACAUUCAGUAUGAAGUGAGGGUGACAGCAUAUAACAUGUUUGGUGUUGGGAGACCCUCCCCAGUACAGUACAUCCACUCUGCUGAUGACAUUCCUGUGGCAGUGCCUGGUUUGGUUUGGGUGGAGGCCUAUAAUAGUACAGCCCUGACAGUACACUGGGACAAAGUGCCUGACAACAGAGAGAGUAUGAAAGGGAGACUCAGGGGAUACAAGGUUAAUUACUGGCGGCGAUAUGGAGAGGAUGAGAACCAGGCAAUCCAGGCCAGUUUUAGUGGUCAAGCUGACCACGCUCUUGUUAUUGGCUUACUGCCAGAUACCUGGUAUUAUGUAACUGUACAGGUAUAUAAUGAUGCGGGCAAUGGACAGAAAAGUGAGAAAUACCCCCAGAAAACAUUUAGAAGAGCUCCUCAUAUGUACCCCACAGAAGUUUACGUCCACUCCUACAGUUCAGACUCGGUUAAGGUCACGUUUCGUGGUGUCUCAACUGAAGUGGAGGAAGAACCAUUACGAGGAUACAAGAUUCGUGUGUGGGAAAUGUCAGAUAAUGUUCGACAGGCUUAUGACAUUGAUGUUGGAAGGACAGUACAAGGCAUUGUGACUGGGAUCAAGAAACACUCUGUGUACAAACUGAGGGUCCUGGGAUACAGUAGGGGAGGAGAUGGGACCAUGAGCUCCCCACCGACCUUCUUCACUCUAGGCGGCUACAUCUUCUUUGAUAGUACCAGCACUAUAGUUCUACCAGCCAGUAGCUGUGGGGGGAACAUAUUCUCCUUCUUAGUCACUUUACAAGCAGUACUACCCGGAAUGAUAAUAGCAGUAGUACUCAGAUUGAUGACUUGAACAUUUCCAGGAAACUUAAUCAUACAGGUUACAUGGACAUGAAUACAAGUAAUUUUCAAUAUACAGCUGUAUUCAUAUUUAACAGUUUUUUUGAGAUAUAUAUUGUGUUGCUAUAGAUUUAAAGUCUUUCAUGUGCAUAAUUUAACUUUAUAAAAACACACUAUGUGAUACAUGUACGUGUGAUUUACAACAUGAAAUCCAUUUGUCUUUCAGAAUUCAGUAUUUUUUUUUUUUUUUUACAGAUUAUUAUACAUUUGCAUACAUGCACUUAUUUUGCAAUGUUUGUUUAUAUCAUAGUUCAGAGUUCAGUCUUUAUUUUCUUCUUGUAAUGUUCUAUUUUGUAUAUACUGAUGCUAAUUAUGAGUAUUAAUAAGAUAUUAAGAAUGAGA